GAUGACACGGCUGUGUGGUGGCAGCAGCAGCAGCAGCAGCAGGCAGCGUCAGCAGGCAGAGGACACACACUCAGAUCAACCAGUAAUCACCAUCGUCUCUCACACUGCCAUGGUCGAAAAACCAACAACAGCGCUUCCUAUUUCGCACCGGGAGUGAAACUUUAAAGCCUGUAAGAAACAUGCUGCUGGAAGCUGCGACCCCGCGGAUAUAAGCGACAGUGAAGAGCGGAAAGUAGCUCCCACAACGCCGAAACCACAAAGAAGAAGAAGCUCUUUUUUCACGCUCGGAGGGAAAGACGGCAUCCGGCCUGAGAAGAAGCUCCGAGGUCGGGGACUCCGGUCGGAGCAACGCUCAUCGUUUCUGGCCUCCCCUUCCCGAGAGCUCUAUGGAGAAGAUGAAGCGGUUCAAGCGACGUCUGUCUCAGACGUUACGAGGCAGCCACACCAUUGACGAGUCGCUGUCUGAGCUGGCAGAGCAGAUGACCAUAGAGGAGAACGGCCUGAAGGACAGCGAGCCCAUAGUGAGGAAUGGUCGUCCUCCAUCAGCCCACAGUGUCCACUCCUUCCUCCACCAGUACACAGGCUCCUUUAAAAAGCCUCCGCUGCGACGGCCUCAGAGCGUCAUUGGAGGAGGCCUGGGCUCUCUCAUGGUCAUGCCUCGCAACGGCAGCCGCCUCGAUAUCGUCCAUGAGAACCUGAAGAUGGGGUCAGACGGGGAGAGCGACCAGGCGUCGGGGACUUCCUCCGACGAGGUGCAGUCGCCUACGGGUGUGUGCCUGAGGAACAGAGGGAACAGACGCAUCUCUGCAGAGGACCUGAACAAACGCCUGUCUCUGCCGGCUGAUAUCCGGAUACCUGACGGUUACCUGGAGAAGCUGCAGCUGAGCAGCCCGCCCUUCGACCAGCCACUGAGCCGACGCUCCCGCAGAGCAUCACUGUCAGAAAUUGGCUUUGGGAAGCUGGAAACCUACAUCAAACUGGACAAACUGGGGGAGGGCACGUACGCUACAGUCUUCAAGGGGAGGAGUAAGCUGACAGACAACCUUGUGGCACUGAAGGAGAUCAGACUGGAGCACGAGGAGGGGGCGCCAUGCACAGCUAUCAGAGAAGUGUCGUUACUGAAGGACCUGAAACACGCCAACAUUGUGACACUGCAUGACAUCAUCCACACAGACAAGUCGCUCACACUGGUCUUCGAGUACCUGGACAAAGACCUCAAGCAGUACAUGGACGACUGCGGGAACAUCCUGAGCAUGCAGAAUGUCAAGAUCUUCCUGUUCCAAAUCCUGCGAGGCUUGGCUUACUGUCACAGAAGGAAAGUUCUCCACAGAGACCUGAAGCCCCAGAAUCUGCUCAUCAACGACAGAGGAGAACUCAAACUGGCUGACUUUGGCCUGGCGAGGGCAAAAUCAGUGCCCACUAAAACAUACUCUAACGAGGUGGUAACACUUUGGUAUCGGCCUCCCGACGUGCUGCUGGGCUCCUCUGAGUACUCCACACAGAUAGACAUGUGGGGUGUGGGCUGUAUAUUCUACGAGAUGGCUGCCGGCAGGCCCCUAUUCCCAGGCUCCACAGUGGAGGACGAGCUGCACCUCAUCUUCAGGCUGUUAGGCACUCCCACAGAAGACAGCUGGCCUGGAAUAUCUUCCAUCGACGAGUUCAAGUCCUACAAGUUCCCCAAGUACAAGGUCCAGCCUCUCAUUAACCACGCACCCAGGUUGGACACUGAUGGCAUCGACCUGCUGAUGUCAUUCCUAAAAUAUGAGUCGAAAAAGAGGAUCUCUGCUGAUGAAGCAAUGAGACAGCCAUACUUCAGGAGCCUGGGGCCACGUGUGCACACACUGCCAGAGAGCAUAUCCAUAUUCACACUGAAGGAGGUCCAGUUGCAGAGAGAUCCCGGCUACCGGAACUCAUCGUACCCUGAGUCAGGAAACGGAAAGAGCAGAAGACAAAGCAUGCUGUUUUAGAUUCUCUGGACUGUAUUUUUUUUAUUUGGGGAGGAUCUCCCAGCUGUACAGUCUCGCAAAAUGGAUCAGAAACCCGAGAUGGAUGUUGGCGUGGAGCAUCAUCAUCAUCAUCACUCACCCCAAACGACUUGGGAAACUCGUCCACAGUGCGACCGACCCUGUUUCCAGGUCUGGCCUGAACCUGGCCCAAAAGAGACAUUUAUAUACUGUACAUCUAUAUUUAUUGAGAAGAGAAUUUGCUGCUAAAUCUAACUACUGUCUAGAAUUCUAACUGGCUCAGUCACUUUAAAGAGAACAUGCAAUGUGUAUAGAUAUUUUUUUUUUUUUUUUUUUGAAGUGGUGGUAUUUUAAGUGAUUUUUUUUGUCAUUAUUUCCAUUUUCAUACAUAAAAAACUCCAUGUCAGAGCUCCUCAGUGUGUGUGGGUGAGUAAAGCACACAGACAAGCAGACGGAUGUUUCUGUAGCAACUCCUAAGGGUUUGAUCCUCCGUCUCUGUUGCCGCAGUGCUGUUCUCAGCUGCACACAUCGUAUGUGAUCGUUUACUCUGAAGGUUUCUGAGGCCAGCUUUGAUAUAACUGAUCAUUUUAUCCUAACUGGAGGCUAAUAUGAGAGCAGUGCUGCCAAGCUCUGUGCAAAAAAAGAUCACAUUCUUGUCAGAUGCUGGCAUAUCAUUCCAGGAUGCUGCGGUCUCUGUCGUGACCAACGAACAAAUGCAGGAGGGAAAAAGGCAACGUAGAAAUAAUAACAAGGGCAUUACAGGUCUAGUUACGUCUCCAAAAUUCUUGAGAAAACCUAAAUGUAACCACAGUGAACAACCUCCUUGUCCUGUCACACCUCAAUCUGACACUAUAUCUCCUCCAGCUGGCUCCAAAGAGGAGGUGCAAAGUGACUCCCCAGUGUUAUAAUCUGCUGCCAUUGUGCAUUACAGAUGUGUUCUCCUCUCUGCCAUUCCCAUCUCCAUCAACUGUAAAAAAAUUAUCCUUUUUUUCUGGAUUGCCUCCAUCAUUGUGUUGCAUGCCUGCUCUGUUGUAUGAGGAAGCACACAGCCACUGAACUCCUGAUUCAGGGAGCACUAGCUAUAGUCCUGCCCCUCGUGAAUACGAUACUGAGUCACAGUCUAUUUAACAGUGUUACAAGAGAUGUUUUGUAUGAUAUUCUUUAACUUUAUUUGUUGAUAAUUGUUAUUGGUGUGGGAUUUCGUUGCAGAUGCCCUCCCAUUUGAGCUUUUUUUCCCAGAGUAAAGAAAAUUAAAUCUAAAGUUUAAAAAUAAA